AUGGCGGGGCGGCGGCGGCGGGCGCUGCCGCGGCUGCUGCUGCGCUGCCUCCUGCUGGGGCUGCUGGGCGGCGGCGGCGGCGGCCAGCCCGGCGGCGGCGAGUACUGCCACGGCUGGGUGGACGGGCAGGGGGGCUACCACGAGGGCUUCCAGUGCCCUGAGGGCUUCGACACGGCGGCCGCCACCAUCUGCUGCGGCUCCUGCGCGCUGCGCUACUGCUGCGCCGCCGCCGAGGCUCGCCUGGAGCAGGGCGGCUGCACCAACGACCGCGAACCCUCGGAGCCGGGAGUCACCGCCCAACCAAUCUACGUUCCAUUCCUCAUUGUGGGAUCAAUAUUUAUUGCCUUCAUUAUCGUGGGCUCGCUGGUAGCAGUUUAUUGUUGCACAUGUUUAAGACCUAAACAACCAUCGCAGCCAAUACGAUUUUCUCUGCGGAGCUAUCAGACCGAGACUCUUCCCAUGAUCUUGGCCUCCACAAGCUUCAGGACGCCAUCCAGGCAGUCCAGUACCGCAACAAGUUCCAGUUCGACCGGCAGCUCAGUGCGCAGGUUCUCCUUCCCCCGGGCAGAGCCAGGGUGCCUUGUGGCCUCCUCACCUCCAGCGUACACAUCUGGCUGCUUCCAGACAGCCCAUACAGUCCACCUGACCCAGCCUUCGGGAUUUCUGGUGUCGCCGCAGUACUUUGGGUAUCCUCUCCAGCCAGAGCCUGCCCUGGCUGGGAAAAGCUGCUCUGAUUUUACUCAGAGCUGAAAGAAGUUGUGAAGAAGUAACGCAGCCUUUGCAAGCACAGGGACUGCUGCUGUUGGGUGUGCUCUGUGGCUGCAGGAAUCUGAACUGUUCCUGUGGGUGAGUUGCCCUUGAAAAGUGCAGGGUCUCACUUGAGAUUGCAUUUCCCAAACUUGGAUCACACUUACAAAGGAAUUGUAAAACACUCCAAACAGUUGCUCUAAAACCGGACUGCUCUGCCUAAUUUGUGCAGUAUGUGUUCAGAGACAAGUAAAAGAACCAUACUGGGACAAAGGUACUCAGUAUUAUAAAUGGCAUUUUACCUUAAUGCAGUUAACUUAGUUAACAAACAAUGGCUGCAUUCUGCUGAUAAUAAUCAGACUAGUUCUAUAAAGCAGCAAUAAGCCUGAGAAGUAAGAGAGGAGUAAUACUUACUAAAGAGGAUCCUUGAAAACAUCUGACUGCUUACCGCUUCCAUGAGCAGUGAAAAUAAGAGGAAGAAUUUUAUUAGAUGUCAAAAUGCAGAGGUUUUUUAAAAAUAUACACAAUCUACCUGAACUUACACUGCGUAUUUGUAUUAGUAAGCUUUAACUAUGGUAGAUAAAACUAGUACUAAUUAGGCUAGUUGAAGAUCAGACAGUCCCAGGUAGCUGAAUUAUCUAUGAAGAAAGCAGAAUGUAUUCAGCAAUAUCACCAAUAACUUCUGCACAUAAAAUUCUAAAAAUACCAUUCUACUAAAGCAUUCUUCAGAAGGAAGUAUUUAUUGUCAGCUUUUUGCUCAGCAAGUGUAAGUUGGACAAACUGAUCAUGAAGUUCUGAUUGUAAAAUUAGCCAUGUAUAAAAUGUAAAGACAAGUUUGUAAUUUAAAAUGUAUUUACACCAUUGACAUCACUAAUUAUUUAGUAGUAACACGCAAAAAAAAUUACCAAUAAACUGUGUGUUUGAAAUGUUGUGUCAUCUGUAUGACUCUGUACAGAUAGUGCUUGUUGAAUUUGGUUGGUGUAACUAUUUUGUAUUUUUUCCUGCUAAAAUAGUUUAUUCUGCUGUUUAAAGUGAUUUACAACUUUAACUGCACCUGUUGUGCAGAUUUAAUAUAAUAUAAAAUUCUGACUAUGUAGCAAACUAAUAGAUUCAUUUAUGUCUUUUGCAUGCAGCUGCGGUGAAAAAUUGGUGAAAACGAUACUGAUUAGUUGGGUAUUUUAGAUUAAACAUCCUGCACUAGGAAUAAAUUCUGUUUGCCCUUCUACAUUCCUUCACCUAAGUAAACCAACAAACCAAAUGGAAGAAGAAAAACAUCUAAACCAAAUACAUGCAGUAAGCAAAUGGAAAAUACACAGAAAAAAAAUGCAGUCAUUAAAGGGCUUCUCUGUAUACUUAUUUUUGUGAAAAAAUGAAGUAAUUCUGUGGGCCAGAAUCUACAAUAUCAGAGGCUGAGCUUUCCUAUUUUAUCAGCUUCAAACUCCCCAUGUGUAGGAUCUCUUGAAGUAUGUUAUAGCUGACCUAUUUAACAAGUAGUUUAGAAAAGCUUCAUUGGUUCGAGAAUUGAGUUAUUUUUUUCGUAGCAAAUAUCUAGUGAUCAGUAGUUAAGACAAAAAUAUUUUGAAAUAAUCCUUUUAAUAUGUUUUUUAUUGCACAAUUAGCAUUACAAUCCAACAGAAAUUACUGCUGGAAAUGCAGUUUCUAAGCAGAAAGAGGAGUUCUAUACAAUGAUGUUUUAAGCAACAGGCUCCAGCUUGAAUGCUGUAAUCAUUAAUUACAACCCAAAUCAUGAUACACAGCUGUGUAUAUGUUUUGCAAGAUACUAAAAAUUAGAUUUUGAGUAUUCAGGAAAUUAAUUGAAAGUUAAGUGUUCUGGCCUGUAAUUUAAUUUUAGAAACAAUCUUCAAGGAAGGGGACAGGAAAAUUUUUGCUUGCCUUUGAGGAGGUUUCAUAGGACUCUUCACUGCAUAUUUUGAAUGGCUACAAAAUAUGGACUGUUCGUCAAGUAACUUCUUGGAAAGAUCAUUGAAUAUUUCAAGAGGUAUCAGCUGUCUUGUUCAGAAGCAUACAGUGAGAUGUACUGAUCACUCCUGUAUACAGCAGAAACAGCAAACCAAUUAAACUGUAUUUUUUUACACAUUA